AGGUGUGCAACUGUAACAUUGGUGCUGGAAUACUGAAUACAUUGCAUUUUUGCAAUGUUCGAUUUAUAUAGUGAAGCGGGAAAAGUUAUACAAAAGGCUUUAAACAAGGAGAAAAAUGUUCGAACUGCAGUUUACGCAAGUAACUUUAAGAACAAGAAGCAAUUAUUACGCUUAUGCUGUGAGACGUUACGUUUUCGAAACUGCUUAGAAAGAAUAUUGGAAGGCAAAGAAUUUCAUGAUUUGCUAACGAAAUUGCAUUUUGAUCGUUACUUGCUCUAUGUGUUAUUGUAUGAUCACAUUUUUGGUCAAGGAUUGAACAAAGCUAAGAAAGCAUAUUCUAAUGCUAUUUUGAAACGUGCAGCCUAUAUUGAUGAACAAUUGGAAACCAUGAAAGAUAUGAUUGAAGAAGCGAAAGGACAUGUUGCACAACUUUCAGCAGUCGUGGAAAAUCCGAGAUAUGCAAGAGUGAACACCCUAAAAUGGUCUUUUGAUGAAGCACUGCAAGCUUUGCAAGAUGAAGGAUGGAGUAUUUCGAGUUUGGAACCUCAGGAAGAUGAUGACUGGUACAAGAUUGCUGUUAGUUCGAUGUUGAAAAAUCAAGUUUACAUUGAUUGUCAUGUUAAUGAAUUGCUUCUCUUUCCUGCGAAUGCUGAUUUGCACCAACAUUGGAUGGUUAUAGAUGGAUAUUUGUUAUUGCAGGACAAGGCGAGCUGUUUAUCAAGUCUGGUUUUGAAUCCAAAAGCAGGAACAUAUAUUUUUGAUAUCUGUGCAGCACCUGGCAUGAAGACUACACAUCUUGCAGCAUUGGUCCAAAAUGAAGGCAAGAUUUGGGCAAUCGACAGGGCAAGUGAUCGAGUUAAAACGUUAUGUACAAUGGUCGAUAAAGCUGGAGCAAUCAAUGUUAGCACAUGCUGUGGGGAUUUUCUUCGUACUGAUGUAACAAGUAAGAGGUUUGAUAAGGUGCGGUAUGCUUUAUUAGAUCCGCCGUGUAGUGGAUCAGGAAUUGUGAAACGUAUGGAUCAACUAAUUAAUGGGGAAGAAAGGAUAAAUACCAGCCGCUUGCAAUCUUUAUCAAAUUUGCAGGCUAUGCUUCUGAAACACGCAUUGGGACUGCCAAAUUUGAAGAAAAUCGUUUAUUCAACAUGCUCAAUAUAUGAGGAAGAAAACGAGCAAGUUAUCGAAGAGAUCCUUAACGAUGAAUUUUUGCGGACACAGUUUAAACUGAUAAAGGCAAUGCCAGAAUGGCCACAUCGUGGAAGAGCAAACUAUUCAUUUGGUGAUAAAUGUCUGCGAGCAUUACCGGAAAUUGACUUAACUAAUGGAUUUUUUGUUGCUGUUUUUAAAAGGCGAAAAUUGUAACAGUUUAUAGAAAAUUUUGUGUUGUCCACCGAUGGAUUUCGUUUCG